UUAAAUAAAACCGGAAAAAAAAUCUAGAUUGGGACGUAAAACCCUAAAACAACCAGAGAAUUGCCUAAUCCCUCGAUUGAUCAAUCGGGACGAUUCAAUUGUUUUGCAUUUCAAUACAGUCAUCUUGCGUUCAAGAUAAGGGCGUAGUUGCAUUGAUUUUUGUUUUUGUCAGGCUUGUAUCUUACAAAUAGAUAGAUAUGUUUAACAUUGCAAAAACAUUUUGCAAAAGAGUAAGCGUGAAGGAGCUAGUAACCAGUGCUCCUGUAUACGGCAGCAUCACCGAUGGGUCUUCCUCUGGCUUGAGCUUGAUGGUGAAGCGUUGGGCUACUAAAAAAACUGCUGGAUCAACGAAGAAUGGAAGAGACUCAAAACCCAAGAAUCUUGGGGUGAAGAAGUUCGGUGGCGAGAGGGUGAUUCCUGGAAACAUUAUAGUUCGUCAGCGAGGAACACGGUUCCAUCCUGGAAACUAUGUUGGGAUGGGGAAAGAUCAUACUCUCUAUGCCCUGAAGGAAGGUUGUGUGAAAUUCGAAACGCAUAAACUUAGUGGACGGAAAUGGGUACAUGUUGAACCUAAGGAAGGACAUGCCCUCCACCCUGUUUAUGCAACUGCUGCUUCAGAAGGGCUGAAGACAGCCACAUAAACUUGUAGCGUUGUUGUUUGUGAAAGCAAUCAAGUUGCAUUUUAUACUUUGUUUUUGCAUGAUAUUCAUGGAUCUGAGAGAUAGAAAUUAAAAGAACCUUGGGUUUUUCCCCCCCAUUUUUUGUUUACAACAUAAUUAUUGUUUAGGUUUCCUUU